GAAAGAUGAAAAUGAAAUAGAUUCUCAAAUAUUCAGAGAUGACUCAAUUAAAGAGGAAUUUUCUUUCAAAUUCAACAAUUGUAAACAUUCAGGACUUUCAUUAAUGUUUGAAUAAGACCGUCGACGUUUUGUACUAGGUGUUUUCAAAGCCGAUUGACACUAAACUGUGGCAGUCGCAAGGAGUGGAAUAGUUAAUUGAGUCGGUGCAAGAAUGUCUGAUUUUUAUUUAUGAAUGACUGACAAGAGAAAUUGAAAUGAAAUAACAUCGGUUUAAUAAUUGGGAAUACACUUUAUUAAUUAACUAUCCAGUAAGCAUCAUGGAUACUUCACAAGAUGCUGCUAGUUUGAGUGAUAACGACAUAAUAGAAAUUGUUCCGCUUGAAGAAUAUGAUACUAAAACGGCCAAGUUAAGAGCUUCUUUGUCGUGGAUACUACAGAAAGCCUACAAAAAUAACAUUCCAUCUGAUUUUAAAGAUCCAUUUUAUGAAAAAGAUGAUGGUAACUGGGUACUCAAGCCUGUUAUAAUUAAUGCUCUGUCAUCCAGUGAACUAUAUUGUCAAGCUUGUAAUAAUAUCUUCCCGGAAUGGAAAGGACAUGCCAGUGUAAUUCAAGUUUUGUCGCGUAAAGGAAUAUAUGUAACAGAUAGCGAUGAUGUUGCUGUCACAGAUACAGUUCUCUCUAAAACAGCUCCCUUUCACGUGAAAGGACAUUUAGCAUUAAUAUAUGGGUUAAUGAUGGCAUAUGCUGCUGAAACAACAAAUGUAGAACUGGUUGUCCAGGCGGUUAGACGUUUUGCAACAUUUAAUGCCUCAAGUGAACUACCUACAUCAGCAGAAGAUACAGCUGUAUUCUGGUUAAAUAAAGUUUGUAGUGCUGCUCAAUUCAAAGAUACGUCUGCACAACAGUUACUACAAGGGGAGACAAAUCAGAAGGUACGAAUAGUAAGUAGAACACCUGUUAAAGAUGGUGUACAUGUACCUGUUAUACAGAAUCUAUGUGAAGAUAUUGGUGAUGGUAGUUCAUUAGCUGUUGUUAUUAGUUUCUAUUGUCCUCAACAUCUUAAAUAUUCAGAUAUUUGUUUAAAAGAAAAUCUUGGAAUAGCUGAUUCGUUAUAUAAUUUACGUUUAGUGAGAACUUUCUGUGAAAAUCAUUUACCUCUAUCAUGUUUUCAUUUUACGUACGAGGACUUGUUAUACAGUAAUAAUAAAAUGAAGGAGAAUAUUUUAGCAUUUAUUGCUGAUUUAUUUUAUUGGUUUGAGAUAAAUCCAGCAUCAUGUGUACAAAGAUCAACACAGAAUGAUCAAGAAAUGUCUGAUGUUAAAAAUGGAGGAACCCCUUCUGUCAGUAGUGCUACGAAAAAAAGUUUUCAGAAAACAGCAGAUGAGAGUCGGCGUAGUGGCCAAGAUAUAAAUAGAACAGCACCUAGUCCUACGUUUGCCAGUACUGAUAGAGAUAGUAGAGAUAAAGCCUUGCUAGCUAAUGUUUCUAUAGACUCAGAAGUCCAUGAAAGUUUUUCCGAUACCUACAUAGAUUUAGGAGAUUUGGAUAAGAGUAUGACGCCGAGACAGUCACGACAGCCAAACGUUAUGGAUCCAAGUCAUCCGGAUUAUAUGGAAAUAGAAAGCGUAACAUCCAACAGUUCACGAUCACGAGUGUCCGUUCUCCCCUCAAAUCCCAACAAUCACCAAGAACCGUUAACACCCGCUCGAUUAAAGACAUCAAAAGAGAAAGUCAGUAAUCACUCAAAAGCAGAAGAACGAGGACAUGGUCGUAAAAAGGUAACAUCUCCAACAAAACCGAAGAAAAAAUCCCCAUUCUCUUCUGUAUCCCCAGCUGCAGAAGAUAUGCUAGUUACCCCCUUUCCAGAUGAUCAACUUUCAUGGAAAAGUUCUGAGUCGAAUGGGUCGGGCAAAAAGGAACCAGAAUCUUUUUACAUGAAUUCCCAAGUUGCUGAAGAAGGGGAGGUUACUGCAAGUUAUACAAUACCAGGUCAAGUUCACACCCUUCAUAGUGCUCGAGCUGCAGGAAUUCCGGUUGUGGAGGGUUCUGAAGAAUUUCGUCGUUUGGUGUCUCGUGAAGGCAGCGUGACUAGUAGUAGAAGUUCUGGAGACUUUUCUGACCAUGAGUCUCACAAAAUCCACUACGACCAUAAAGCCAGGGAAGCUGUGGAGAUGAAAAAUGGGGAUCAGUCUGGUUCGUCAACCUCAAGUUCACAAUCGAAACCAGCACCAAUUCUAAUCACAGAAAAACUUCCUCCUCCAAACAUGACGAGCAUUAUUGAUCGAUCAAAGAAACCCCAUACAACAAAUUUCGCGGAGAUUAAACGGUUGAAAGAGACAUAUGGACAAGUGGAUAACUCUGGGUUGGUGUAUAUGCAGCAUGGUCAAGAAGCAAGUCCAACUCAUUCUCCGUUGAAAUCAGCCUUUCUCAACAAACAACAAGAUGCUGCAAAAAAGACGUCCUUUGCUGCGUUACCUAAUGAAACAACAUGGCAACAGAGUGCUCAAAGAUCAAGCAAUCAGAAUCAGAACAAUUCCAGGGUGGAGGAUAUCGAUAGCCCAAGUCAACCACUAGCAACAGAGUUAAUGUCGCUGAAGAUGAAGCUAGAUGAAAAGAGAAAAGAAAUCGAACGAAAGAAACAUCGUACAGAGUUACAACAUCAAAGACUGCGACAGAGAAUGGGAAAAGCUGCGUUUCUUCAAGUUGUGUCCAAACAUCUGCCGGAUAAAGAUGGUAGUAUCCAAGAGGAAGAGCCGGAGCCUUCACACAGUCAACGUCUGGCUGCUGAUGUCCGGGAACGCUUGGGACAAAUGUCUCUGCCAGGUCAAAGGUCGUUGCUAGGUGAAUCUAGUCCACAAACUGAACCUCAUAGGCCGACAACUUUAGUCGAUGUUCCAAAUCCAUCAGGUGCUGCUGCUGCUUCUAAAAAUAAUUUUUCACGUGAUGAUAUUCAACACACUAUUGACAACGUAAAGAAAAAAUGGUUUAAAGAUGAUGAAAUGUCAACAUCAUCACAGAGUUUACCAGAGAGGCGUGACAGUUAUCCUAGUCGUAGAGAUAGUCGUGAAGAGUCGCGCUCUUUAACCCAAUCACCUGUUCCUCAUAAAAUUAAUGCUAUGGAGGGUUCAGAUCAUUCCUCCCAAGGAAAGGGGGAUCAUCAGUCAUUUGAAGAUUAUGAAGGGUCUUUAGAUAGGUUGAAUUAUAGUCUCACAGAGCUCCAAGGAGAAAUUGCGAGGUUAUCGCUGCAACAUGAGCAGAUAAAAUCCGCAAAAUCACCUCCUGAUUCUCAACCCAGUUCUGUCCAUCAUCCACAAGCAGCCCAUACCUUGCCUCAUCCAGGACAUACAAGUUCCAGACAAUCAAUACCAGAUAGAACUUACCAGAGCCAGACAUUACCCAGAAGUCAGUGGAAGGUUUCUGAAACAUCUCGACAACCUACAGGAUAUACGUCUUCAAAUCUAGCUGCGGCACUGGAAGGUUUACCUGAUUGUUACAGUCAACAGGAUGAUUUCCCAUCAGUAGCGCCCCCUAUGUUAACAGAAUAUAAUGGUGGACAAACAACACGUGAUACAUCUCUACCACGAGAUCUUCCUGCUGAUACAGCUAUAGAUUCACCUAUUGGUUACGAUACACCACCUAGAUCAACUGAUGGGGAAGAGGACGCAAAUACGACAGGUGAAAAUGAAGGAUUUUUUGUGUCAUUCGGUGGAGAAACACCGAAACGAUCAAAACCUAAAUUAGGUAAAGAAAGAUUAAAACGUGGGAAAGGCCGAGAUGAAUCGCCAGCACCUGCUACGCGCAAAGAACCAUCACCAACUGUCGAACCUACACCACCUCAAGUUGAGCCCACGCGACCUCGAGCUGACCCUACUCCUGUUGCGCCUGUUGUACCAGUACCUAAUCAAGUACAUGAUGCUCCAGAUGGCUUUGUACUAGCUGAUGAUGUUGAUUCAAAAGAACAACAAGAAAUGCUGUUAAAACGAGAAAAAUUACAACAGUUGCAGACUCGCAGACUGCAAGAAGCAGAGAAAAAGAGGCUUGAAAAAGAAGCCGAAAAUGCUAGACGUAAAGAGAAAGAAAGGUUAAAACAAGAGGAAGCAGAGAAAAAGAAGGCGGAGGAGAAGUUACGACGGGAUCAGAUAUUUCAACAAUAUCUACAGAAAAAGAAAGAGAAGGAAGACGAACAGAAUGGUGUCGUUUCUCGGCCAGCAAAGACACCAGCAAAAACACCCCGUGCUCGACCCAAGUCAAUGUUUGUACGUCCGAAAGAUGAUUCCAGUUCUAAAAAUAGCUCUCAAGAAGAUCUGUCCACAUCUGGGGAAUCUGGAGUCCCGCCUACUUCACAUCCUAGACCUUUACGACUACCUUCACGAUUGCCUACUACUAAAAUGCGUAAAGCAGUUUCUUGUAAUACAUUAAAUCAAAACGGACAAGGUGGUGCUACCUACAGACGACCCCCUUCACCAGAUUUAUUGAGGUUAAAUCGUGGUAAAAGCGGUAAGAAUUUUGAAGAUGAUUUAGGAGCGGGAUCUACUACAGGUUCAGAUUAUUCUGGUCCCAAGUUAUUUGUAAAACCCAGCCAAAAGUCUAAUCGUAAUUUGAUAUGUAAUGCUAUAAGUCACUGUUGUUUAGCUGGUAUUGUAAAUAAUGAUGUUAAAAAUAGAGUCUUAGAGGAAAUUAACCGAUCGACAGCGAAACAUUUUGUAAUUUUAUUUCGUGAUGCUGGGUUACAGUAUCGUGGUGUAUAUACGUAUGAACCAGAAACAGAGGAAGUAUUUAAAUUGGUUGGAUCUGGACCCAGAUAUAUUAAUAAUAAAUCAUUAGAAAAAUAUUUUAAGUAUAAUUCUGGAAGUAAAUGUUUUUCCGAAAUAACGUCUACAAAGCAUUUGUCAGUGUCUAUAGAUGCUAUUGUACCAGUCAGUUCCGUGUGGAAAUCAUGUAAACCCACGGGAAUGAGAAGAUAGAAAAAUAAAGAUGUGUCAUAUUUUAUACAUUUCAUAUGAAAUUGUUGUAAAUUGUUAAUUUAAUUCAUUUUCUCAUUUACAUUAUAUAAUGAAUCUAUGGCUACCCUUCACUCACCAACAUUCAUUGCUUUACAUCUAUAUCCCACAGUGCUUUUUAAGAGAGCUCUAAGCGUAUUGAGCUUGUAAGAAUAAUACAACGUAGUUGAAUUGAAUAAAUUUGUCGUUUGUAUUUAAAGUUUCUGAAUUGCUUGUGGCCUUAUCAAUUGUAUUUAUUAAAGCAGCAACAUGCCAGAUCAUCUACAGAUAACAAAAUUGUCAAAAACAUAAACAAUAAUAAUUAGCCAGUAAAAAAUAUAAUUUUUGGACUAAUAAUAAUGGUAUUUUAAUAAGAAUACGGUCUGGCAUGUUGGAGCUUUAGUAUAAUAAUAGUAAUAAGUAGUAAAAGGACAUUUUUGUGAUCACAUCUACAUAGCUUUAGAUUGCAACAUCAAUUAAUAUUUUUAUACAGUAGUGUAAUAUUCAUAGUGAUUAUUCUCAAUCUUAAAAAGUUCACAAAAAUACUGAGUGUCUGUGUAUUAAUUCUAUAAUAUCAAGUCUCUUAAUGCUGUGUUUUAAAUAGUCUCAAAAAGAUAUUAAUAUAUAAGUCAUAUUGUUCAAACAAGUUUUUUUUAACCAAAGAUUUUAGAAAGCAAUAUAAGGCUGAUGAUCUAGUUAUUAAUACUUGUAAUAGACUAGAUAUUAGAGCAACAUAAUAGGAUAGGUAUAUAAUUUAUUUAUUAAUUCCAUGGCAUUUAUUAUUAUAUAAUCUAGAUGAUAUUCAAAAUAUAUUAAUUGUACUUAAGUUAUUUACUGAUAAUUUUAUUUCAUAUCAAAAUAUAGGAUAUUGAUUAAUCUUUUAACGAAGUACGUAAGAAUGCAGAUUUCACUAGAAAAGAACAGAUUAGAACAUAGGUGACAUAGCAGCAAACUAACUUUAAGACUAUACUUUUAUAAACAACAGUUUUACAAUAGGAUCCCACUUAAGAUUGAAAUGCCUAGAACAUGUAAAAUAACAGCUUUAUUCAGGAAUAUACAAAAUACAGACAGUUGCUUCUCUACUGACACAGGCAGGAUUUCAAUCUUCUGGGGUCACUUGUUGGCUUGAUUUCUUGCACAUAUUGAAGUGUAUGAUUGCCAUUAUUAAAUAAUCUGCUAAAAUUCUUUUCCAAUUUAUUGUAAAAUUUGAUCUUUUAUGUGUGUUACCUGAUCUUGAUCUCCAGACAAGUAAAAAAUAUUCAAUAUAAUUAUUUUUAGUGAUAACAUACUGGUAAUUAUUUAUUAUACUAUGUUAGUGAACUGCUGGUUGUGCUACUCUUCAGUAAAUGAAGUGUUUUAUCUUUAAAUACUUGAUGGUAAAGAUUCUUAUUUAUGAUAGAUGCAGUUAGUUGGUUGUUGUGCAGUUACAGAUGCAAGAUAUAAUAUCAGAACUUGGCAUGCAAAAUGAAGUUAUUGGACAGAUAAACAGCUUUAGACAUCUGUGAAAUUUACUGCUGUUUCUUUUGUGAUUAUUCAUAUUAUUAACUCCUCUUUCAUAGGUUUUUGUCUCAAGGUGGCCAAAGAACAAAUUUCUCUUAGAAUUCUGUUGUUUAUCAUACCUAAGGAAGUCGUUUACUUUCAGGUGUGUAUAGAUAAAACACUGUCAUUAUCUGCUAUUAUUAUAUAUUUAUUUAACAAUAAUUUAUUAGGAAAUAUAAUUAACAAUUCAUAUUUAUUAGGACAUUAUAAUCAAUUUAAUAUUUAAAUUUCACAAAUAUGUUUUUGUGUAUUUAUUAGGACAUUAAAAUUUCACAUGUUUUUGUGAAACUUAUAAGUACCUUUAGUUAAGUUGUCAUUUUCACAUAAAUGAUGCAUUGAUUUAGAGAAUAAUGAUAUAACAACUGUUUGGAGAAAUGCUUGACUUUAUACAUGUACUACUCAUUGUUCAUACAUUUAACCAGACAUUGCGAAUAUCUACAGAUACUCAUAGUUGUGAUGCUAAAUUUGGUUGUCUUUUACAAAUAUCUGUCUCCCUAGCUUUUUGGCUUCAUCUGUGCAUUUAUUGAUACAUUUGUUAAGAGUAGCUGGCUUGAUGGUUGGAGUAUACCUUCCAGCUGGAUGCAAUUUUACUGACCUUAUACUAGAACAAGCUGCUCUACAUAAUGGUUUGGGGAUCUGAACAUGCCCGAAAGGUCAUAUCAUCCAAUCUUAGAAAUCUGUCGUUUCUUGCUGUAAUUAGACAGACUCUUGGGGGUUUAUUCAUUAGUGUUACUUCUGAAUUUCAGAGAUGUUUUGGUUGAUAUUUAUAAUAAAAGCAACAGAACAUUGGAUAUUGGUCUCAUUCAAAUUUGAAAACAGUUACAAACAUAAAAAUAAAUAAAUUGAGAUGAGAAUCCUAGAGUUAAUGUGUUGAAACGAUGGAUUUCAAAAAGUGCAUAUAUAUAUCAUCAUUCAUGUUCAUGAAACUAUAUAUAUACCUAGAUUAUAAUUCAUAUAUACUAUAUAAGAAUAUUGAUAUAACUAUAUAUUAUAACUAUUUGUAUAUAUUGUAAUACUUGAGCUCAUAGCUUCUACUUAAAAAAACAGCUUUUUCUAUUUCAUUAUAGAAGAUAUCAUACUUUUAUAUUUCAUACCACCAUUGCUAUAUAAUUCACUUAUAUUAAUUGUACAGUACAAUGUUGGUGGAGGGGUCAAACUCCACUCAGUUUAAGUGUCUGAAAUAAAAAUCAUUUUACUGAAUACUUCACUUAGCCUAUGAGAUGAAUUUUUUUCAUAUAAUGCUGCUAUCAUAUAUUUUGGUCCAAAAUGUUAGGUUUAUGAUAUGCUUCUAUGUAACACAAAAUCACAUAAAAAAUGAUGUUCACGUACAAGUACUAAAAUAGUUUAUUGUUAUAUUAUUACAUGUAUUGCAUUUAGUGAAAUUUGAGAACUUAUUGUUAUUGCAUUAAUAAUGGUUACUGUACAGUUCACAAAUCAACAGAUAGCUUUUACAUUCUAAUUAUUUGUAAAAAUUAUACAUUUAAAUAGUAAGUGCAGUUGUUAUUAUUUCUGCUAUAACUUAAGAGAAAGUAUAAUAAAAUUGUUGCUGUAACUGAUAUUGCUAUGUUGAAAUGUUACUAUCAUAUUGCUAUUUCUGCUGUCACCUUGAGAAAAUGUACAACAAUGUUAAACUUGCUAUUAUAUGAUGUAGUUAUUAUGAAACGCUCUACAAUGUUGAUAAUAUAAUGUGGCUAUCUCCGAUACAUGUAUACCCAUGAUUAAAUGUUCUACAAUGCUAUCUUUGAAAACAUGUUGCUAGUUUUGAUAAUUGCUAUCUAUGAUUAAAAUUAAAUGUACUGAAUGUAGCCAUUUUAAAAUUAACUUUAACAAGGUGUACUACAAUGUUAUAACAAUAUGACCAUUUCUGCUAUGUAUUCCAAUAUUAGUCAGUAGUGUUGUUCUACUUUGUGAUGUAGUAAUAUUUGCUAAAACUAUGAUACAGGUUUGCUAAAAUGUACAGCAAUGUUUCUGUUACUGAUAAACUGUUGUUGAGCUGGUAUAACUUUGGUUGUAUAGCUAGUUUCACUUUCUUCCAGAACUUCACAAAAUACAGUGUGGAGAGUUUACUCUAUGGAUUAAAUUCCUCUUAGUUUAAACAACAAUCAAAUUAAAAUUAUAUCUUUAUUUCAUUCCAACUUGAAUAUAAAAUCUAAUUCUCUACUGAUUGUCUGCUCUCUUGCAAGUCUGAGGAAGCCACUGUUUAUUACCAAAUGAAAAGCAUCUUUUCAUUGGGUAAAUAUAAGGGGUCAAGUUAGGUCAGAUGAGCAGAAACGUUUUUGGGAUGUUGUUAGACCUUACAAGAGUGUCAAUAUAAACAUAAGAAAUGAAAAUAGAGUUUAAUUCUGUUUAAACAAUUUACUCUCUUUGUAUAUGCAAUUGUUAUAUUAUAUAUGGGUCUGCUUCGAUUCUUUUAGCAUAAUGUAAAUUAGUACAUGUAUGUCAUAUGUAAUGGGCGUUGUUUUAUUCUUAAUUACAUGUAUUUAAAAUACUAUAUUUUGAUCGGCCCAUAUUAUUAUUAUUAUUAUUAUUAUUUUUACCUGUGCUGUGAAGAUGGUUGUUCGAGCAGGUUUAUCAUCUGCUAUAUGAUGAUGACCUUGGUGUUAUGCUGUAAACUCUUUUACAAAUAAACAGCCAUUUUGCAGUUUUAAA